CUAGAUUUAGAUGACAGCCUGCACAGAACAUCCCCCCUUAUUUUGGGGGAUAUUUGUGACAGCCUGCUGGCGUUCAUCUGCUGACGCUUUAACGUCACCUAUCAACUUUGUAAAAGUAUCUUCAAAUCUCGGUUUGAUUCAAUAACUUCAAAACAAUGAAGCGAAAAAUGCCGAAAAAAAAUCCUGAGAAGUCCAGUGAAGAUGAGAACGGAGUGGAGCAUGAAGAGGCGGAGUCCCAAACGAAGAGUGGAAGGCGAUCCAAAAGAAAUACUGAUCAAAAUCAAGAAGAAAACGACCUGAACCUAAAGGCGGACUCGUCUGAAGACGAAGAACCCGAAUUAGAAGCAUCAAAGAAAAAUGGCAAACGCAAAUCGGCUGGCGGCAAAACCAAAGGCCGAAAGUCCAAGUUUGCUUCGGCAAAAAGCGAAGAGCAUUUGUCUGAAGAUGAAGACGGACAUCCAGAGCCUGCCAAGGAGAAUGGCAAUAAGAAAUCGUCGGGACGUAAAAGCAAAACAGUGCAUUCCAAGGCCGAGCUACAGAGCCCCACUGACGAAACUGAUCCGCUGGGCGACGAUAGUGACGACGCAGAAUAUGAGGUGGAAGCCGUCUUGGACGAGAAAAUUGUGAAAGGGCUACGCCACUACCUGAUUAGAUGGAAGGGGUAUACGGAGGAGAGCGACACAUGGGAACCAGAAAGCACUCUGGAGUGCAAAGAGCUGAUAAAAGCUUACAAGGCGAAGAAGAACAAAAAGAACGACAAGAAACAACGGACAAAGUCCAAAACAGAAAUCCCAGCAGAGAAGAGUUGGAAUGAAAAUGAUGAUUUUGAGGUGGAUCGUAUUAUUGACGUAUACUUCCAUAAAAACGGCAAGCGGGACUUCUUGGUGUCCUGGAAAGGCUACCCGGCAUCGGACAACUCUUGGGAACCGGAAGACAACAUGGAUUGCAAAGAUCUGAUCGCCAAAUACAUGGAGAAAGUGGAACGCGCGAAACAAUACGAGAGUAAGGAAGGCAAGCUGCGGGUCAACCCCAAGCCUGUUAAGCGGCUGGCGUUCAACAUGCACGAGAACAGCAGGCGUCUGAGCAAGAGGCAAAGAGGCAAGGACAGGGUCCAUUACUUCGAUACAGAAUAAAACCACCUUCUCAUCUGCUGAAGUUUUCCAUCAAAGACGGACGCAUCUAAAUAACUUUAGUUCUGCGAUUCGAAGACAAUGUUCAUCUAGUGUGUACCAUGUAUGAGGCACAAAAAUAUCUGAAAGUUUAUAUGUAACGUUUGUAAGGGUUAGAGUGGAAAUUGGUUUCCUACAGCCGUGGAAGGAGUAGCUACUGUUAAACUCAAUUCGUAUGUCUUGAAUUUGCAUACUGUUUAGUUUUGACCACUUUCUUCGUCACCCACGGCUAUAACCAAACCAUUUUGGGUUGAAAUGUCGUUGACAUUAUUAGAAAAAUUGAAGUUUUGUACGUGAUUUUUUCCAUGUAAUUUGGUUUCUUCCAAUAAAAAGGCUUUAUUUCGACUUAA